GCGUUGGGUGGGGGAGGCGGUGGCGGGAGCGGAUCCCCCCACAGAGCCGCCCCGUGCGCCGGUGUCGCUUCAUCACGCCCCGCUCCGCCCGGCCAGGUCUUAAAUAGGAGACGAUCGUCUUGGAAGGUCGAAAUGCUCGCGUGUGCCGCAAAACUGUCGUCCACUGAACAAGGAUGCGAAUAAGUCUUUUUCUUCUGUAUUUACUUGAUUGCUUGCUGUAAGUCUCCAGUGAGAACUAGGGCAUCAACGUGGGAGCUCUUUCUUUAUUUCGAGGGUCCACUGCAAGCAAACCCUGUGCUAUGUUUCAAGAUGUCCUGGGAAAAACCUUCAGACUUCUUGGAUAUACCAUUCAGUAUGGCUGCAUAGCACACUGUGCCUUUGAGUACGUUGGAGGAAUCGUUGUGUGUUCCGGACCUUCAAUGCAGCCAACAAUUCAAAAUUAUGAUAUUGUUGUUUUGGACAACCUUAGCCGCCAUUUUUAUAGCAUUCAAAAAGGUGACAUUGUAAUUGCAAAAAGCCCACGUGACCCAAAAUCAAAUAUCUGUAAAAGAGUAAUUGGCUUGGAAGGAGACAAAGUCUGUACAAGCAGUCCUUCAAAUUUCCUUAAGAGUCAUAGUUAUGUGCCAAAAGGACAUGUAUGGUUGGAAGGUGAUAAUCUCAGGAAUUCUAAAGAUUCCAGGUGUUAUGGACCUAUUCCUUAUGGACUGAUAAGAGGACGCAUUUGUUUUAAGAUAUGGCCUCUGAAUGAUUUUGGAUUUCUACGUGCUAGCCCCAAUGGCCAUAGAUUUAUUGAUGAUUAAGACAGCUAUGUGAAUUCUGCUAACUAACUUUUUCUACAAAUUCAAAUAAACGUCUUAUUUACAAUAAAUAUAAAAACAUUGUGUGAGAAUGA